AUGAAAUUUUUCAGCGCCGCCGCUUUACUUUCGCUCACUUUGUGCUGUGGUUUGACGAAUUCUUUGAGGAUUAUUAUCAACAAUGAUGAUGGUUGGGCUACUGCCAAUAUCAGGGAGUUCUAUAAGGCUCUAAGAGCCGAUGGCCAUGAUGCAUACAUUGUCGCACCAAUUGAACAACAGUCUGGACAAGGAGGCAGAACAGUUUUCUCAGCUGAAGCCACGCUCUCAAGGCCUGGCCAAUUCGAUACUGUUCCUGCUGGUGCACCCUCUUUCGGUUCCGAUCCAUUGGACUCCCACAUCUGGUAUUAUAACGGUACCCCAGCAGCUGUCACCUUCUUCGCCCUCGACUACCUCGUCAAACGCCAGAACAUCUUCAACGGCUCCGAACCAGAUCUAAUAGUCACUGGUCCAAACGAAGGCUCCAACGCUGGUCCCUUUGUCUUCACACUCUCAGGAACCGUAGGCGCAGCAUACGCAGCAGUAAGCAGAGGUAUCCCCGCCAUAGCCUUCUCCGCAACCGACAUCCUAAACCGAAAAUACACUGCCGUAAACACCACCAACGAUCCUGCCACUAUCUUGGGAAAACUUGCGACAAAAGUAGUAAACCAACUUGAGGCCAAGGGUAAUGGUGAAAACUCGAGACUUCUACCAUAUGGAUACGGAUUAAAUGUCAACUUCCCUUAUAUAUCUACUAAGGCCACUGCAUUGUCCGAAGGGGUUUCAUGUGUGAACCCCCCGUUCGUUUAUACCAGACUUACUGGUGGUGCGGCAACAAACAUCGCAGGAUAUAAUGAAGAAACUGGUGUCUUCAACUGGGCUAGUAACUUCACUUCUCCGGGUGUAAACGCCUGUAUCAACGGUGACUGCGAGCUACCCGGCGAGACAGACGUCAUUAAGGAGUGUAAGUCUGCCAUAUCGAUUUUUACAAUCGACUACGACGCGCCGAGCUGUGGUGGUGCAGAGAGGAUUGGAGAAUUGUUAGUUGGAUUGGUGGAGAAUGAGGAGUAG